AAGGCCUGCGAGGCCGCCUCGCGCAGGGUCCCUCCGUCCCAGCCGGUCCGAUGGUUGCCAUCUGUAGCUGAGGAUAGUCGGGGAAAAACCCAUUGCUUAUGGAUGCGAUACAAAGAAAAGGGGAGGAGGGCAUGAGUCGCGCCUCAGAUGAGGUUCCUCCGAUCCCAACUGACGAUGCGAAGGCGACCAAGCGCGCGCGAUGGGCGACGAAGCGGAUGACCGCCGCCAGCGGUCUCCGGAAGAGGGUUUCCAUCUUGGAACGUGGCCACCGGCGAGGCGCUCAAGACUCCACGGCGAAUGCGACAUCAGGGAUGCCGGAGGGCGAUACUACGGAGUCAUCAUCGCGAAAAGUCUACUUCAAUCUUCCCAUUCCCGACAGCGAGCGGGACGAGGAAGGCAAUCUCAAAGCCGUUUACCCCCGCAAUAAGAUCCGCACCUCCAUCUACACGCCGUUGACAUUCGUGCCGAAGAACCUCUGGUUACAGUUCCACAACAUUGCAAACCUUUACUUUUUGUUCGUCAUCAUCCUGCAGUGUUUCUCGAUCUUUGGAGAUGCCGACCCCGGCCUGAGUGCCGUCCCACUGAUCAUUAUCGUCGCCGUCACUUCGAUCAAGGAUGCCAUCGAGGAUUGGAGGCGAACGGUCUCCGAUAACGAGCUCAACAACUCUCCUGUCUACCGUCUUACCGAAUGGCACAAUGUCAAUGUUACUGCCGACAAUGUGUCUACCUGGCGAAAGUUCAAAAAGGCCUGUACGCGUGCCACCAUCGCCACAUACCGUGCCAUGAAGAGGCUCGGACGGCGCAAGUCCGCCGACAAAGACGUGGCGGGAGAUGUUGAGAUGGCGGAUUCCCGACCAUCGGUGGAACCCUCUUCCCCGAUCGAGAUGACGACUGUGUCCGCGGACCUUGAUGCCCGUGCUUCUGGGGAUUGGCCGGAUCCUGCCGGUGGUCAUCUACAAUCAGGUCAGCCCGGCGAUCCCUCAUGGGGGCGGGUAAAGGGCAACAUCCUUAGUCCCACCAAGUCCGCUACGGGGCAGGCUCGUUUCAAACGCCAGCACUGGAAAGACGUCAAUGUCGGGGACUUCGUGCGGCUGUAUAAUGGCGAUCAGAUCCCAGCCGACAUGGUCAUUCUCUCAACGUCUGAUCCGGACGGCGCCUGCUAUGUGGAAACCAAGAACCUGGACGGCGAGACAAAUCUCAAGGUCCGCCAUGCCCUCAAUUGCGGUCGCGCAGUGAGAAACGCCCGGGACUGCGAGAGAGCGGAGUUUACCAUCGAGAGCCCCCCCGCUCAUGCAAAUCUGUACGCGUUCAGUGGUGCCAUCUACUGGAACCAACAGGAUGAUCCUCAGGCAUCGCCCCGAGAACGAGUGGAGCCCAUCACCAUCAACAACAUCCUCCUCCGUGGCUGUAGUCUUCAGAACACGGAAUGGGCAUUGGGGGUGGUGUUAUUUACGGGCUCGGAAUCCAAGAUCAUGUUGAACCAGGGCAUCACCCCAACCAAGCGACCACAAAUGGCGCGCAAUAUGAAUUGGAACGUUCUUUACAAUUUUGCUAUCCUCUUCAUCAUGUGUUUAAUCUCGGGUUUCAUCAAUGGCUUCGCCUGGGGACUCAAGGACGCCUCCCUGGCUUUCUUUGAAUACGGUUCUUAUGGCGGGUCGGCCGCCGUGGAAGGUGUGGUUGCCUUCUGGGUGGGUGUGGUCCUGUUCCAGAACUUGGUCCCCAUCGCCCUGUACAUCUCGUUGGAAAUCGUCCGAUGGAUCCAAGCGCUCUUCAUAUUUUUCGACCAGUACAUGUACUACGAGCGGUUGGAGAUGUCUUGUGUUCCCAAGGCUUGGAACAUCUCGGAUGACAUUGGGCAAAUCGAGUACAUCUUCUCGGACAAGACUGGUACACUGACGCAAAAUGUCAUGGAGUUUAAAAAAUGCACAGUCAAUGGGGUCGCUUAUGGUGAGGCCUAUACGGAAGCCCAGUUGGGGAUGCAGAGACGGCAGGGCUUGGUGAAUGUCGAGGAGGAAGCCGCCAAGGCUCGCCAACACAUCAGCGACAGCCGGGUGGAAAUGUUGCAGCAGCUGCGCCAGCUGCAUGAUAACCCGUACCUCAUUGAUGACAACCUGACCUUCGUCUCACCUCAGUAUGCUGCCGAUCUUGGUGGUGCAUCAGGCGAUGCUCAGAAGCAGGCCACGGAAAGUUUCAUGGCAGCGCUGGCCUUAUGCCAUACGGUGGUUUCGGAACGUACUCCAGGCGACCCCCCGCAGAUUGAGUUUAAAGCCCAGUCCCCCGAUGAGGCUGCUUUGGUAGCUACUGCUCGUGACUGUGGCUUCACGGCCUUAGGUCGGUCCGGAGAUAGCCUAACCGUCAAUAUCAUGGGCGAAGAACGCAGUUACCGGAUUUUGAACAUCUUGGAGUUCAACUCGACGCGUAAGAGAAUGAGUGUGGUCGUCCAAAUGCCGGAUGGAACGAUUCGCCUGCUGUGUAAGGGUGCCGAUACGGUCAUCAACUCCCGCCUGGCCCCCGGUCAACAACGGGAGCUCAGGAAUAUCACCGCGCAACACCUUGAAACAUUCGCCCAAGAAGGUCUCCGAGUGCUCUGCAUCGCAGAACGUGUUCUUGAUGAGGAAUAUUACCGCGAGUGGAGUCUCAAGCACGACGUGGCUGCCGCGGCCAUCGUGGAUCGCGAAGAGAAGCUGGAGGAGGUCGCUAGUGCUAUUGAACAGGAUCUGUUACUUUUAGGUGGCACUGCUAUCGAAGAUAGGUUACAGGAUGGCGUUCCAGAUACCAUUUCCUUGUUGGCCGAGGCUGGUAUAAAGCUUUGGGUCUUGACAGGUGAUAAGGUGGAAACUGCCAUCAAUAUCGGCUACUCCUGCAACCUUCUCAACAACGACAUGGAGAUUAUGAUCCUGAGUGCUCCGGACGCCGACAUGGCCGCAAAAGAGCUGGACAGCAAGCUGGAAAUAUUCGGGAUCACUGGCUCUGAUGAGGAAUUAACCGCUGCACGCAAGGACCACUCGCCGCCCCCUUCAACACAUGCCCUUGUCCUCGACGGGGAUUGUCUCCGAUUGAUGUUGGACGAUGCCUUGAGGCAGAAGUUCCUUUUGCUUUGCCGGAAAUGUAAAUCAGUCCUCUGUUGCCGUGUCAGCCCGGCCCAAAAGGCGGCAGUUGUUGACAUGGUAAGGACCGGCUUGAACGUGAUGGCUUUGUCGAUUGGAGACGGCGCCAACGAUGUCGCCAUGAUUCAGAAGGCAGAUGUCGGGGUGGGAAUUGCUGGAGAAGAAGGUCGCCAGGCGGUCAUGUCAGCAGAUUACGCCAUCGGUCAGUUCCGAUUUCUGCAGCGUCUCAUCCUCGUGCAUGGGCGUUGGGCGUACCGGCGGCUCGGCGAGACCACCGCCAAUUUCUUCUACAAGAACUUGGUUUGGACGUUCGCGCUGUUUUGGUAUUCUAUAUACGACAAUUUCGACGGCUCCUACCUUUUCGAAUACACAUACAUUACCUUGGUGAACGUCGCCUUCACCUCCCUGCCUGUCAUCUUUAUGGGAAUUUUUGAUCAGGAUGUCGACGAUAGGGUGUCCCUGGCAGUACCCCAGCUCUACAUGCGAGGCAUUGAGCGCAAAGAGUGGACGCAGUUCAAAUUCUGGAUCUACAUGCUGGAUGGCUUUUACCAAUCGAUCAUAUGUUUCUUCAUGCCAUAUGAGCUGUAUUCGGCGGCCAAUUUCCAGACGGAAAACGGGCUCAGCAUUGAUGACCGGUACCGCAUGGGUGUACUCGUUGCCACCUGUGCUGUGGUUGCCAGCAACACCUACGUGAUGAUGAACAUGUAUCGAUGGGAUUGGUUGACGACCUUGAUCAAUGCGAUCAGUUCAUUGCUGAUCUUCUUCUGGACCGGUAUUUACUCGUCCUUCGAGUCCUCUGCGACCUUCUAUGGCGCUGCCAAGCAGGUCUACGGCGCCCUGUCGUUCUGGGUGGUUCUUUUUCUCACUGUAGUGAUGUGUCUCAUCCCACGAUUCGUCAUCAAGUGCAUCCAGAAGGUCUACUUCCCGCUGGAUGUGGACAUUGUCCGAGAACAAGUGAUCAUGGGCCAGUUUGACCACCUGAAGAAAUACGAAGCCUAUGUGCCCCCCGAUGCCGCAAAGCUGGCACCUUCGUCCGAGAGCGAAGCAUCGACCACUCCUUCGGCCCGCAGCGAUACCCCGCAACCUAAUUUCACGCGCGAUUAUCCUGUGAAUCACGGAAUUGAUCGCACGGCAGAUUCCACUCCCGUUGCACCUCUGGUCGAUUCACAGGGCGCUCCAACCUAUCUGGGUAGCAAUGUCACCAGCGCCAACAACAGUGUUGCCUUUGGGCUCCAGCGACGCUCGUCAUCGGAGAGCAUAGGUCGGGAACAAUCCGCCUUUUCGAGUCAACUCCUAACAGUCGAGUCAACCAGCAUGGAACCCCAAAUGCCUCACAGUCCACUAAAAAGCCGGAGUGACCCCUCGACAUACCCUGUAUAGAUACAGUUGUUUUACCUGCUUUCUAGCGGCCUUUUUCUCUCGAUUUGUUAAUAUCUACACCUUCUAUAUCCGUUGCGAUUUGAUCAAAAGCUCUUCAGCAACCGUGCUUUUUUCCCACCUAUUACGCCCUGAUCAUGCAUGCUUUUCGCCCCUUUAUCUUUCUUUGUGAUUACCCUUUUCAUCCCCCCCGGAGUUUGACGGGUGUCAUUCGAAGUCAUUUUUU